CUCCACUAUAUAAAUCUGUAAAAACCAUUAGGUCUCCAUAUUUCUAGAUUCUUCCACAAAUUCAAUCUCUCCUGCACUCUCUUUCAGCUCUCCAAGGGGUGUUCUGAGAUCACAGAAAACAUGGUGAAGGCUGUGGCUGUUCUUGGUGCUAGCGACGUUGUCAGUGGAACUAUCUUUUUUUCCCAAGAAGGAGAUGGUCCAACUACUGUGACGGGUAAUGUUUCUGGUCUCAAGGCUGGGCUUCACGGUUUCCAUGUUCAUGCCCUCGGUGACACAACCAACGGCUGCAUGUCAACUGGGCCACAUUUCAACCCUGCUGGAAAACAGCAUGGUGCUCCUGAGGAUGAGAAUCGCCAUGCUGGUGAUUUAGGGAACAUUACUGUUGGUGAAGAUGGCAAAGCUAGCUUCACGAUUACUGACUGUCAGAUUCCUCUCUCUGGACCUAACUCCAUUAUCGGAAGAGCUGUUGUGGUCCAUGCUGACCCUGAUGAUCUUGGCAAGGGUGGGCAUGAACUCAGCUUGACCACUGGAAACGCUGGUGGCAGAGUAGCCUGUGGCAUUAUUGGGCUGCAAGGGUGAACUUCAUUGCUGUUGUUAUCGAAGCAUUAUUGAGAAAACUAAAUCCAAGUGCUCUAGUUCUUCCAGGAAGAGUCCUAAACUCUCGUGAAUGAAUAAAAAUAUAGCACUGGAUUUGCUUGUUUCGUUUGUUUUGAUUAGAUGUUUACUUAUCCGUGCCUGCUGUCUUAUCCUUAUAUUUCUGGUAUUUUUCAGUGUUCUGUUCUGUUUUUGAAAUCAAAAUCAUAAAAAUCCCACAAUAGAAGCUUCA